UCUCCUCACCCCUUUGCCCCGUCACACCUCCCCCCUCUUUCCUCUCCCCCUGCUCUUCCUACCAGUCUGCUCCUUCUGUUGUGCCGCUGGCUUUGGCGAGGGGGCUUUUGGGGGAGGGAUCUCGCGAUUGUUGGACUCCUCUUUUCUUUUCUUUUUUUCUUCAUUUUUUUUCGGGGGGGUGUGUGGAGGGGUGGGGGGGGGGCAGUUAUUUGGAAGAUGGCGCCCGUUGUUACGGGGAAGUUCGGUGAGCGACCUCAGCGUUUGACAAGGGAGGCUAUGAGGAACUACUUGAAGGACAAAGAUGACCAAACGGUGCUCAUACUGCACGCAAAAGUUGCACAAAAGUCAUACGGCAAUGAAAAGAGGUUCUUCUGCCCUCCGCCGUGCGUGUAUCUGAUGGGCAGUGGCUGGAAGAAAAAGCUGGAGAACAUGGAGAAGGAGGGCUGCACGGAGCAGGAGGCCCAGCCCUGUGCCUUCAUUGGGAUAGGCAACAGCGAGCAGGAGAUGCAGCAACUCCACUUGGAGGGGAAGCACUUCUGCACGGCGAAGACUCUGUACAUCAGCGACUCGGACAAACGGAAGCACUUCAUGUUGUCGGUGAAGAUGUUGUACGGCAACAGCGCCAACAUCGGAUUCUUCCUCAGCAAGAGGAUCAAGGUCAUCUCCAAGCCCUCCAAGAAGAAGCAGUCCCUGAAGAACGCCGAUCUGUGUAUAGCUUCAGGGACUAAGGUGGCGUUGUUUAACCGCCUGCGUUCCCAGACUGUCAGCACCAGGUAUCUUCACGUGGAGGGGGGGAACUUUCUUGCGAGCUCCCAACAGUGGGGAGCCUUCUACAUUCACCUCCUGGACGACGAGGAAUCUGAAGGAGAGGAGUUCGCCGUGAGAGACGGCUACAUUCACUACGGCCAGACGGUCAAACUGGUCUGCUCCGUCACUGGCAUGGCCCUGCCCAGACUGGUCAUUCGCAAAGUGGACAAGCAGACAGCGUCGAUGGACGCCGAUGACCCGGUGUCCCAGCUUCACAAGUGUGCCUUCUACUUGAAAGAUACCGACAGGAUGUACCUGUGUCUCUCGCAGGAGAGGAUCAUCCAGUUCCAGGCCACACAGUGCUCCAAAGAGACUAACAAGGAGAUGGUCAACGACGGGGCUUCCUGGACUAUCAUUAGCACCGACAAGGCCGAGUACACCUUCUAUGAGGGCAUGGGCCCCGUCCCCACGCCGGUCACACCUGUCCCCGUGGUGGAGAGUCUGCAGUUAAACGGCGGCGGAGACGUUGCGAUGCUGGAGCUGACCGGACAAAACUUCACCCCGAAGCUGAGGGUGUGGUUCGGAGACGUUGAGGCCGACACCAUGUACAGAUGCGGAGAGAGCGUCCUGUGCGUGGUGCCGGACAUCUCUGCCUUCAGGGAGGGCUGGCGCUGGGUGAGACAGCCGGUGCAGGUCCCCGUCACGCUGGUCCGCAACGACGGAGUCAUCUACGCCACGGCGCUCACCUUCACCUACACCCCCGAGCCGGGCCCGCGGCCCCACUGCAGCGCCACGGGGGCCAUCCUGCGGACGCGCAGCGCCUCCUCCUCAUCGCCGGCAUCUUCGUCCUCGCCGUCGUCCUCAUUGGGCGGGCUCGGGGACGGCCACGGGGCGUACAGCGGCAGCGACUCAGGCGUUUCGUCGGGGGCGUCGACCAUGUUGGUGCUGUCCUAGAGGCUCGGGCAGGAGACUGCGCGCCACAGACUUGUGAGCCAAAGAGGCUCGUGGACCUGUGAGGGAUCACACGCUGAGUCGGGCGCCCUUCAUCGGAGAGCAGCUGGAGGAGGAGGAGGAGGAGGAGGAGGAGACAGCUUAAAGAGAAUACUUGGGAUAACUGAAUCUUUAGCUCCCUCUCCUGGUUUGUUUUGGACAUGUCAACAGCUGCACUCAAAGGACUCUGACAUUCAAGAUCUUCGCCUGAAAGAAGACUAAUCUGCCGUCUAACUCUCACAACAAACUGAUUUGUACAAGAGACAUGUUUUUUGUUCUUCUAAUGACUGUUUUCACUACUCUCUCUUUCUACUGAGAUUAUGUUCUGACCGAAAAGCUGGUUGAUUCAUCUGCUGUGUGCAAGGGGAAAUGUUGUAAGAGUAACAUAGUUUUUACGGACCAAGGAAUAUCAUAAUUUUUUAUUUUAUUCAUAUUAUAUUUUAUAAGCUUGUGCCGAGGUACAUAUUGACAUUUUUUUUGUCUUUUUUGUCUUUUCUUUUUCGGUAUGAUGCUGCAUAGUAAGUUCACUUUUGUUACCAAAUAGAAUUUGUGUUUUGUCUCAAUUCUUCUAGGUCAGCGGGUUUAACCGAUCGGUCCCGGAAAACGUUCCCCAACUUUUUAUAUCAAAGAUGACAUUGUUUGUGUGUGUGUGUUUGUGUGUGUGUGUGUGUGUGUGUGUGUGUGAGAUAACUUGUAAUACACUCUGUGUAUUAUGGAUUCUGGGAGACAGAGGUUAGCUGAAGGUUGUCUGAUUGGUUCCCACUUUCUUUUGUUACCACAGCAUCUGACACAGCGGUGCUUCUUAUUCCAGAGUGGUGAUGCCUUUUUAGGGGGAAAAAAAUGACAGUACUAAGUUUUUUUUAAUGUAAAAUAACUACUAAGUCACGGAACAAAGAAGGAAUGUCACAGUAUAGAUUUAAUUCCGUGCACAUGGCACAGAUGUUUUUUUGGAGGGCACUUAAAGGGACAGUUCACCCCAGAAUCGACUACAUAUUGUUCCUCCUUUCCCUGCAGUGCUGUCAAUCAAUCUGGGGACAAAAUUCAAUAAAAUACAUUUGAAAAACUCAGAAAUG